AUGGAGAACGGCGACAAUAAAUACCUCCCUGAACUACUGGCGGAGAAGGACAGCCUGGAUCAGUCUUUCACACACGCCAUGAAACUUUUAGAAGCAGAAAUCGAAAGGGUCCAAAAGGGCGAAUCUAAGGAGUCAGACACUUACCUUGACCUUUUCACAAACAAGUUCAUCAAACUCAAGGAACGCGUCCUCAUACCUGUAAAACAGUACCCCAAGUUCAACUUUGUGGGCAAGAUUCUGGGACCCCAAGGCAACACCAUCAAACGUCUACAGGAGGAGUUGGGUGCCAAGAUCUCAGUGUUGGGAAAAGGCUCCAUGAGAGACAAAACCAAGGAGGAGGAGCUUAGAAACGGCGGCGAGCCAAAGUACGCUCACCUAUCCAUGGAGCUGCACGUGUUUAUUGAGGUGUACGCCCCCGUACCUGAAGCCUAUGUGCGUAUGGCCAACGCUAUGGGGGAAGUCAAGAAAUUCCUGUUUCCUGAUGUGACGGACGAUAUCUGCCAAGAGCAGUUCAUGGAAAUGGGCUACCUGAACGGAGGCCCAGAGCAAAUGGGCCGAGGAAGAGGUGGCAUGCCAAUGAGAGGACGCGGCGGUCCCCCAGGACCACACAGGGGAAGAGGAAUGCCCCCUCGUGGCGGAGUUCGAGGCGCUAGAGGUGCAGGUCGGGGCAUGCCGGCAGGCCGGGGAGCUGCUGCUGCUGCCGCCGCCGCCAGGGGUGCACCGGCAGCACGUGGGGCCAGGCCGCCCGUCGGCAAGCCGGCGCAGAGGAUGCUCCCCCACCAGCACACUCCUGCUGCAGUCGCUGAGAGCUAUGAGCAAUAUGCCUAUGACGAGAGCUACGCCGACCAAUCCUACGAGUCAUACGACAGCUAUUACAGCCAGCCACAGGCAGAGGGAGAAUAUUACGACUAUGGACAUGGAGAUUCUGCAGAGUCAUAUGAAAAUUUUGGUGAGGACAGGAUGUGGUCCUUAGCCCAGGACGACUGGAACGGUACCCAGCGAGCAGCUCCAGGCAAAGCUGCCCCCGCAGCCAGAGGAGGUACCAAGACGCCCUUCAGGCAGCACCCAUACCAACAGUACUGA